AGCACGGUGGGGCGAGUUCGCGGCACCGGAGGUUUGGCCUCACGCAGGCCAUAGAAGCGAUGGAUGGAACAGACGUUCCGUGCGCCUUUGGGCAAAGUGCGCCGGCCCGAGCGACCCGGGUUGCAUUUUGAUGUGAUCGAUCGCUUGGCUACAAGCCAGUCCUGAGAUGAGUUUCCGGUGGCCCAAUCGGAGCCGUGCAGCGUGCAGGCAGGCACGGAUCCAAGGAACGGGGCCAAGGGUAAGGUCAAUCAUCAAUGGGUCAGCAUGGGCACCGGCGUAAAAUCAUUUCUCUCCUCUGGCUACCGCCGUUGGUUCUCUUGCUGCUACUCACUUUUCACUUCACACUGCCGCAAUAAACAACGUUUUUUCCCCCUCUCCUCUCUCUACUGGAUACUCCUGCAAGGACUGUACAUUGGGAGACAGCACGAAGAAAAAAGGAAGCUGAGGAUGCAGCAGAGCACGAGGCCGCCAUCCAGAGUCAGAGGGUCCUAGGAAGAACGAGGAAAAAGCAGGGGAAGGAAGGGGGCAGCGCACAGGAAGAUUACAACUUCGCAGCCAUGGAAGUGGAGCCACCGGCGUCAGCAGCGGCAGGGCUGCUACUAAAAUGCGGCAUGAAGAGUGGCGGCGGUGGGGAGCUACUACCACCGAAAGCCGCGGCUGACGCUGCGGAGAUUCCGCAUCCGCCGCGAGAACCGGACGCCGCGGGCUCCGCCGCCACCACCACCACCACCACCCCGGCUUCGCUGCGGCGGGGGCUGGCCGCUGCGCGGGCGCGGCGGAGGGCGGGCCUCGCCACGCCGUCGCCGUCGUGGAAACUGGAGCCGUCGCCGCGGCGGCCGGAAGAGUCGCCGGCGGUCGGCGUGGAUGCGGCGGCGGGGAGGAGGAGCUCGUCGGCAGCGUCGGCGCGCCAGCUCGGCGCCACUCUCUGGGAGAUCCAGGACGUCAUCAGGGUCGCCGGCGCCGGGCGCCGGAUCCGCCGGCGCGCGCCGAGGGGGGCCGCCGCCUCGCCCCGCCACGACGAUGACGCGGAUCGGCCACAGAAUUCAGGUGGUUGUGUUGGGAAUCUUUCAACACCGUUGAUGGAACAUGACAAGUUACAUGAAGAUAGAUGUCAUUCAAGGCAGACUCUUUCUCCCGCAAGUUACACUAGCUCAAUUGGGGCUGCUACCAUAAACCUCGUCAGUCCAACUCGCUCAUUGAAUUUCAGAGAUAGGUCUAGGGAGACAGGUUGCAAUCUUAAAACGUCAACAGAGCUAUUGAAAGUUCUAAAUCGCAUUUGGAGCUUGGAAGAACAACACGCGGUUGAUGUGUCAGCAGUUAAAGGAUUGAAAUUGGAAUUGCAGAACACGCAGGCACAUGUUCAAGAGCUUAUGCAAGAGAGGCAGCAAUAUCACUACGAAACGAAUUCUUUGGUCAAACAAGUCACCGAAGACAAAAUGGCUCGGAAAAAUAAGGAGCAAGAAAAGCUUAGAGCAUCCCUGUAUUCACUGCAAGGCGAACUUGAAGCUGAGAGACAUCUGAGGAAACAUUCCGAGAGUAUCCACAGGAAGCUAGGCAAAGAGCUAUCUGCGAUGAAGACAGCAUUUCUCAAGGCUGUAAAGGACCUGGAGAAACAGCAGAAAGCAACUCGACUGUUGGAAGAUCUUUGUGACGAGUUUGCAUUAGGAAUCAGAAACUAUGAAGAAGAAGUCAGGGUGUUAAAGCAAAGGCAUGCAAAGCAAUAUGAACAGAAGUUUGAUAAAUUGGUCGUUCAUAUUUCGGAAGCAUGGCUCGAUGAACGAAUGCAGAUGCAAAAUGCUGAAGCCAGGGGAGAUUCAGAAGGGAAAACCUCAAUCACGGAGAGGUUGAGCAGUGAAAUACAGAGUUUUCUGCAUGGUAGAAGAUCAAGUAACUCCUAUGGGGUUAACAUACAUAUUGCUAAUGAGAAGGGAAAUGCAAGCUUGUGUCGACAGUCCCUUGAAUCUGUUCAUUUAAAUGGAGCCACUAGUGCUCCUCGGUUACCCGAAGAUGAUGAUGGCAAUUCUGUUUCUAGCGACUUGCAUUGCUUUGAAUUGAACAUGCAUGGAGGUGCUGUGAGGAAUCAUGACCUUGCAGGAACUCAGAGAACGGUCACAAGCUCCAUGUAUUCACCAAUGCGAAGAUUGGACUUCUCCAAUGGUGUAUCUGUAGAGGGCUCAAGCAUCUCAAGCGCAAGACCUUGUUCAAAAAAAGACAAGGUAAAGUCAAGCAGUAGUAGAACACAGCGGAAUGCUUCAACACCAGAAAUCAGCUCCCGAAAUGGUGACAAAAUUUAUCCCAUAGAUGAACAGAAUGAAACAGUUAUGACCCAAGUUUCUCGAAGAUUGCAUGAUGACUUGUUGAAGAUCAAAAUAGAGGCUCCUCAACAUGCAUUUCUAGACCGAAAAUCCCAUGACCAUCAUCAUCGAACAAGUCAAUUUCUUGAAGGCGCUACUUCAGGGGAUCUACACAAUCUGCACAGUCCAGCACGGCAGCUGAAGAAUCAACGUGCAUGUUUAAAUUAUCAAAUAUCUGAAUGUGCUACUACAGGUGAUCUGUUCAAUCUGCGAAGUCCAGCCCAUCAGCUGAAGAACCAACACACAUUGCUAGAUUAUCAAUUAUCUGAAUGUGCUAAUUCAGGUGGUCUACACAAUCUGCACAGUCCAUCUCAAGAACUGAAGAGUCAACACGCAUCAUUAGAUCAUGAAAUAUCUGAAUCCUCGCCAACGCAGUCCCUAGGAACAAAGGACAACACCCUCAAGGCAAAAUUACUGCAAGCAAGGUUAGAGGGGCAGCAUGCCCGAAUUAGGGCUUCAGGUUAUCCCUUAAUCAGCACAAGAAGGAAAUGAGACACUGACUGGCACACUGAGAUUGUUUCCAUGAUAUUGUUUCCCGCAACAUGGAGUUGCAUUGUAAGAUAUCGGACUCGAUACAUAUGGUGCUUCACUCGAUGCAAUAUGGUUAGGCUUUCAUGCACAUCUCAGGUCACAGGAUAUGCGAACUCAAGCUGCAUGGGAAAUAGUUCUUUUAAGUAGAUUUCAUAUGUUAGCUAUCCAGCACUCUAGCUAGAAUUGAACUAUUGAAUGUGGAGAUGGCGUUUUGGUAAUCACAUGUUGUAAUUUUGUAUAGUGCUAAGCUCUAAUUAAUUAUAAAUUUAUUUUGCAUGCUCAA